AUGCCGCAGCAAGUAUAUGACACCGGAGAUCCAGCUCUUCAUGAGUUCCGAGCACCAGAACUGCAUCAGCCGCUACAUAAUAGCAUCCCACCGGAACUGCUACCCAAAGUUGACCCGGUGUAUGUGGGGUACUACAAUAGAUACAAUGCCGGUCGCCUUCACACCCACGAAGUCCCGAUCGAGGAGUUUCGACGGAAUCCCGAGCGAUAUACGAUCUCCUACGGCCGGGCGCCAGGUCCGGAUGUCUUUCGGAUUACCGAGCAGCAAUGCCCCGUGCAGGGAGGCGAGAUCACGAUCCGGAUCUUCGAGCCGGCACCCAAGAUGGAUGCCCACGGCCAACCGAAGAAGAGAGCGGCCUACCUCAACUUCCACGGUGGUGGAUGGGUAUUUGGCGGACUGGCCGUCGACCAUGACUUUUGCAAGCGGAUCGUCCACGGGUUGGAUGGGGAUUUGGUCGCCUUCGACGUGGAUUAUCGACUGGCCCCCGAGUAUCCGUAUCCCAUCCCUGUGGAUGACUGCUGGGCGGCGUUCAACUGGAUUCGAUCCACCAAGGCAUCGGAAUUGAAUCUGGACCUUGAUCGGUUUGCAGUCGGGGGUGCCUCGGCCGGGGGUCACCUUGCAGCGGUCAUCGGGCAUCUGUGUCGGGAUGCGGGAAUCCCCUUACGGCUCCAGGUCUUGACCGUUCCAGUCUGUGACCUACACAGCGUCUUUACCCCGCACGGGGAGUUUGAUCGCGUCAACUGUCCCUACGAAUCGUAUCGCGAGCUGGAAUUUGCGCCGGCGCUGCCUGCCGCGCGAAUGGCCUACUUCCACCGGCAAUUCCUCGGGGUGCCUCGACCGGCCCCAUCUGACGAUGACUGGAAAGCAUCCCCGAUGCUGGCCCCCGACUUCUCGAACCUCGCGCCCGCUCUGGUCUCGACGGCGGAGAUCGAUCCCUUACGCGACGAGGGCGAAUGCUAUGCCACUAAAUUGAAAGCGGCUGGAAAUCGAGUGGAGUUGAAGCGGUUCCCGGGCGCGCCCCAUACCUUUGCUAGCCUGGAUGGGAUCCUGGCGACGGGCCGCCAAUACAGUGCUCGAGUGAUUGAGGCGAUGAAACACGAGUUGUGA